GACAAGCUGUACAUUUGUUAAACACAUUUCUGUAAAGCAGCACAGUAAGGUGUAUGUGUAAUGAAGCGAAGGUAGCGUUUAUUUUCACCACCGGUUAAUUUUUGUGAUUUAAUCAAGUUGUUAGUGCGUUUAACAACUUGUUAUUUGAGUUUAAAUAGUCAAGUAUACCAUGGGUUCAGAGGAUGUGCUCAAGAGUGCCUCAACGUUGGCGUCUUAUAAUGUUCUGCUUCAGGUGAUGUUUCGGGUGUUGACGUUUCUCUUGAAUGCAUUUACCUUGCGCUUUGUGUCCAAGGAGCUGAUAGGUGUGGUAAAUGUCAGGUUGAUGCUGCUCUAUUCUACAUUGGUGUUUCUCUCCAGAGAGGCGUUUAGGAGGGCAUGUCUAAGCGGUGAAGGGGCGGGGCGUAACUGGAGACAGGUGAUCAACCUGUUAUGGCUCACAUUUCCUCUGGGCUGUGUAUGGGGUGUGUUAUUGGUCUGUGUUUGGUGGUGGGUGCUCCAGGCCCCUGAUCCAGAGUCCAUCCCUCAUUAUGUUCCUGCUGUUGGACUGUUUUGCCUGGCUGCACUUACAGAGCUUCUGGCUGAACCUCUCUGGGUCCUUGCACAUGCGCACAUGUUUGUCCGUUUGAAGGUGAUUGCUGAAAGCUUAGCCAUGAUCGCCAAAUGUCUUGUUACCGUAGUAAUGGUGGUCUCAGCACCUCAGUGGGGGCUUUACAUCUUCUCUGCAGCCCAGUGUGUCUAUGCAGGGUUUUUGCUCCUUUGUUACGUGUUAUACUUUGUCCAUUUCCUCGGCUCAGAGGAAGCAGAGAGGAAAUCCUUCCCUAUUCUUCACAUAUCAGACCUCUUACCAUGUAGGGUGCACCAUGAGCCACUGCUAAACUGGAAGCUGACCACACUAACCUGGAGUUUUUUCAAACAGUCCUUUCUCAAACAGAUACUUACAGAAGGCGAGCGUUAUGUGAUGACAUUUUUGAAUGUGCUUAGCUUUGGAGACCAGGGGGUUUAUGAUAUAAUAAACAACCUGGGCUCAAUGGUGGCACGAUUUCUUUUCCUGCCCAUUGAGGAGAGUUUCUAUGUUUUUUUUGCCAAAGUCCUGGAGCGUGGCCGAGAUGUGCGGCAUCAAAAACAAGAGGAAAUUUCCAUGGCAGCUGAGGUACUGGAAUGUCUUUUGAAACUGGUGCUUUUGAUUGGUCUGAUCAUCACAGUGUUUGGUUAUGCAUACUCCCAUCUAGCACUUGACAUAUAUGGUGGGGAGCUUCUAAGCAGCGGAACAGGGCCAGUGCUCCUGCGGUGUUAUAGCUGUUAUGUUUUGCUGUUAGCCAUUAAUGGAGUAACAGAGUGUUUUGUUUUUGCUGCCAUGAGCAAAGAGGAGGUUGACAGGUAUAAUCUAAUGAUGCUGGGCCUGUCUGCCUCCUUUCUGCUGCUUUCUUAUUGGCUUACCUGGAUGUUUGGGGGAGUCGGCUUCAUUUUGGCGAAUUGCUGUAACAUGGCUUUACGAAUCACUCACAGUAUUGUUUACAUACAUCGGUAUUUCCUGCAAAGUGAACACAAACCACUGUGGGGGCUCCGCCCACAUUCCACUGUCAUAAUAGCACUUGGCAUAAGCUUCAUCAUCACAACCUUUUCAGAGAGCAUAUUCUGCUGUGAUGGUGGCUCAUUGCCAAGGCUGGCUCAUGUUGCCGUGGGGGCAGUUUGUCUCCUGGGUGUGGCCAUCACAGUGUUUCUAACAGAAACAAAACUUGUGGAGUUCGUCAAAACACAAUUACUACCCAAAUACAGCAAGAAACGUACAUGACCUUCUACUGA